AUGCCAAGCACCUGGAGGCAGGAGCGGAGCCACGCCUCUCAUUCAGAAAUGGAAUUGGGAUCCAGGAUGGAGGAAAAUGAGUAGUUCCUGAAGAAGCUGGGCAGAAAGGCGGUUAGCAAGUGUCUAGAUCUGAACAACGGCCGAUUCACAACAGCGGACUUGAGGGAAAUGAUUGCUCUGCUGCCGUAUCUCCAAGACUUGGAAAAACUGGGUAUUUCCUGGACUGAUUUCAGGGUUGGAAGGCUCCAUGCACUCGCCCAGCAAAUGCAUCUUGUCAGCAAGUUAAAAAUCCUGGGGCUGGGGAGUUGCAGACUUAUAGCCUUUGAUGUUUUGGAGCCCCGGGGUGAAGCACUUAAAGCCGUCUUUGAACUCGAGGACCUGAAAUUGUCCUGGAGUAGUAAAGUGCGGGGAAACACACCUCUGAUCCUGCAGAAGUUCAAGAUGCGCAAGAUCCAAACCCAGGAGGUUGUGGAUUGUGCCCUCACAUCAGAAGACUAAGAGUGUUUGAGUUAUUCACGUCCAUGAUCACAAACGAGUGUCAUAUUGGAUGCUGCUUUGAGAUACCUGGAUGCGAUGAGGAAACUAGACCUUUCCUGCAGCGAGGAGGCUGGGAGAGGUUUGGAAGACUCACCAGCACAGUUGGCCACAUGGAAGCAUCUGGAAGUCCCGGACCUUAACCAGUGCUCGCUAACAGCAUAUGACGCGGGGUCGCCGACCCAAGUGAUCCCUGUACUCUUGAGUCUUCAAAACUUGGAUUUAUCCCCCAACAAAAAGAUGGGCUGCUCCUUCUGAAACCUGCAGAGCAGGUUCCGAUUAUCAGCAUUGGAGGGAUGACGAAUCACCAAACAUGCUUUAGAAGGUGACACUUUUACUGCCCUCACUGAAGCCUCCAUUCACCUCCCUGCUCUGGAAACACUCAGCCUUUCUUGACUAAGUCUGAAGCUGCCCCUGAAAACACUAAAGCUUUAAACGCCCCUUCAAGUGCUGAGGCUGAGCUGUUGUUCCCCAGUGACAGAGCACGUGGCUCUCCUGGCAUCGGUAGUAUAGACAGGUCACCUGCCCAGGCCACGGAAGCUGGACCUGAACUAUAAUAACAGCAUCAAUGAGGAAGGAUGGGCCGUCGUCAUCACCUGUGGCUUCUCUAAGUUAUCAGGGCUGGACGUUAGUUUUCGGCCAUCAAGUUUUCGGGACUGUGAACAACGGUUUAAACACUUGUUAUGUGCUUGUGUGACCAAACUUCCCGAGAUCACUGACAUAGGAAGGAAAAGAUAGAUCCUCCCAGCUUCACAGGAGGAAGAACUAGGACGCUUGGACCAAGGUCACAGAGGCAGCAUGCACAUUGACCAUGAUGGGUUUCAGUAA